AGCUUUGAUUGUUGAUUAUUUUGGAUACCUUUGCCUUCUCAGAACGGGUAAAGAAAAAAAUAAAAAAAAAAUUGUUGAUUGGAUUGGAUGGAUUGGAAUUUGAAAAUUAAUACAUACAUGGUUCUUCAAACGCUGUUUUAAAAUAAAAUGCAUAAUUUGGAUUCGGAUAGUGAUGAUGAUUUACCUGGCGGCUGGGUCCAGAAGUCGACAGAAGAUGGAAACGUGUAUUAUGUAAAUUCGCUUACAAAUAAAAUACAAUGGACACAUCCACGAACUGGCCGCAAAAAAGUCAUACCGAAGGAAUUACCUUUUGGAUGGUCAAAGACAGUUGAUGACUCUGGUAAAAUAUUGUAUGUACACAAUGAAAGUGGGAGUAAAACUGAUGUUGAUCCAAGAUUAGCGUUCGCCAAAGACGAAAAGAAACACGUCCAUGAUUUUCGUCAACGUUUUGAUGCAUCAUCAACAGCAUAUCAGGUGCUGCAUGGAGUUGACUUAUCUGGAAAGUAUGCCUUAAUAACUGGAUCUAAUGCUGGAAUAGGUUAUGAAACAGCAAAAUCUUUGGCUCGGCAUGGAUGUAACAUUUUGUUUGCCAACCGAAAUAUGGAAUCAACACAACAAGCUAUCAAAAAUAUAGUUAGGGAAACUAAUGCUGAUGAAGAAAAUCUUAAAGCCAUACAUUUGGACUUAGCGUCCUUACAGAGUGUGAAAAAGUGUGCAUUAGCUGUAAAAACUAUGUUUUCUGACCAUUUGGAUAUGGUAAUUUUGAAUGCAGGAGUAUUUGGUCUACCAUUUACAUUGACAGAAGACAAGUUGGAGACAACAUUCCAAGUCAACCACCUGAGUCAUAUGUACUUAGCUUUGUUAUUAGAACCAUUAUUGAAAAGGGGUUCAAGAGUUGUAUUUGUUUCAUCUGAAUCCCAUAGGUUUGCCAAUUUGAAAAAUGUCUUCACACAACAAACAUUGUCCAUGAGUAAGGACCAAUAUACAUCUAUGAUGGCUUACAAUAAUUCAAAACUCUUUAAUGUUGUCACAGCAAAAAUAUUAAGUGAAGAGUGGAAGAGCAAAGGUAUAUAUGUAAACUCCCUUCAUCCGGGAAAUAUGGUAUACACUAAUCUUAGCAACUCUUGGUGGUUAUUCCGUCUAGCAUUCUUCCUAGUCCGUCCUUUUACCAAGUCUUUGGUGAGUAGAUAAUUUUAAAUUAAAAGCAGUAACUAAUAAGCUAAAGAUUCGGCCUAGUGCGUGUCGUAUCCGCAUACGGAAACCCUAAAAACGAUCUAAUAUCAAAUGCUUGUAUAAUGAUAAAAGUUUUAUACAACUUUCUCUUGUGUAAAGAUCCACUUUAUUUUGAUAGUUAUGGUGGCAAAAUAAAUACUUAUUUGGUAAAAUUUGCAACUGUAUUCAAGUGCAGGAGUACAUGCCAGCUGUCAGGCAAACAUUUGGAGAGGAGAGGACCAUCUUAUUUAGAAAUAAGUAAAAGUCAUUACUUUUGCUUAAGUAUUAAUUUGAGCAACAUUUUUCAUUUAAUAAAUAAGAAAUUGAUCAAAGUGGAAACUGUCAAAAAUGAGAAUUCUUAUAACUUGUGCCAUAAGAGCCUGCGCUGCCUUUGUAACGUGCGUGAGAGGCAGAAUACUAGCGUCGGCAUUUUCGAUUAUAUAAUUUCUUUAAUGCCUAUUUCACACGAGGGCAAACAGUGGGCAGGGCAGUUCUGCUACCGUUUGAACGCAUUAAACAGGACAGGACAGACUGUCUCGACAGUAACCAAGGCAGAACAUUUAAUAGCUCGCCGGUCUAUUUUUUCGAGGCAGUUAGCUCCACCCACCACCAUUCUCGCUCGACGUACUGUCUUAUAUUUGAACGUCACUGUCCUACCCUCGUGAGAAACAGGCAUAAGAGAGUGCGCUGCGUUAUGCGGGGCGGGGGUCCCGCCUCACGCAGCGCUGCUCUAUAAAAAAAAUGAAACAAACACGCCGAUCGAACGCUCGCGUUUAUUUAUUAUUAAUAUGUUUUUUUUUUAUUGAAUUCAAUUUACUAACACUAGGUUUGUAACCAUUAUGGAUGAAUAAAUUGAAAUAAAUGUUAUUAUUAUUAUUUGCAUGGGUUACGUACUAGGUCGUUAUAGCAAAGAACUUUAUUAGGCAAAUGUAGCGAAAAAUUAAAAAAAAAAGUUUUGUAUGAAUGUUACAUAUUCUACGUAGCUUCCUAAAAAGAAUGAUAAUUACAGCAACAAGCGGCAGCUACAACAGUGUAUGUAGCGACAGAUUCCGAUUUAGAAGGAGUCACAGGUCUUUACUUCAAUAACUGCUUCUAUUGCGAAUCAUCAACCUUGGCCAGAGACAAAGACAUAGCUACCGAAGUAUUUGCCAUGUCACUUAAAAUGAUCCGAGAACGCACGGGAGCAGAUCAUAUUCAGCAAUACAUGGACAAAUAUGUGAAACACAAAGAAGAUGAACGGCCUUGAUUUAUGCACGGUCAUGACAUUCCACAUUAACGGUUUUUUAGUAUUCUAGUACAAUGGGUAACUUAAUUUGAAAGUCAAGACUUCAGUACAAACUUUUAGGAUUGAAUUGUUUGACCAAACAGAUGUGGAUGGAGGUUUAUUAGGGGAAUGGGAAUGUUCAAGGGAUUUGUAUUGUAUUAUAGAAAUUAUAUAAUUUAUGCUAUAAUUUUGUGUAUAUGGACAAAAUGUGAUAUAAUUCUGUA